AUGAAUUUGAUGUUCCGGAAAAACAUGCGCGAGGGCGGAGGGCGCGCAGGUGGCGGUGGGCAGAAAAGCAAGAUGAGUGGCCGGCACCAGCGGAAAACGCGCGACAGUUAUGGCGGACCCGGCUCAGACGAGUACCACUACCGGACGCACAUUUUCUUCUCACCGGCCCACCUCAAGCAGGACAAUGAAGAGCUUCGCUGCACGCCCAUCUCGGGCUUUGCCUUCCCCCCACAAACGCCACCCACCACGUUGCCUGAUAUGGAUGCACCCAUGCAACCGCUAGUAGACCGUAGACCCUCCGCGUCUAUGAUGAAAUGGGGCCCGAUUGCCGCUAACCGACGGGUGCCCGAGAUGCCCAUCGCCAGGCAAGUAAGCUUCGGAGGGCAACCCGGCACCGGUGGCUUCGUCAGUUCCCGGAGUGAACCGAUCUCGCUCGCCACGCUGGACAAGGACUGCUUCAUCAUUCCGGUGCACAGCCUGGAUCGCUUCCUGCCGGCAGGAAUUCCGCAGCUCCCAACGCCGGAAACAGCCGACCCGUCCCAGGUCGGCCCUCUGAGCGUACUCGAGGUGUCCGAUCCAAAGAUCUGCAUCCUGGCCCAUCUGAUGAGCCCGCUCGAACCGAUCGAUCCCCUGCUCGAGUCACCACUGGCCCAUCCCCUCAUGAAGCAACGUGCCGUAGCAUCCGAGCUGCUAAACGAAGUCCAGCAGGGUAACAACGCCGUUGGAGGGAUGCUUCUCGCCAACAUGGAGCGAAGUUCUGCCGAGUUUCCCUUCAUCGCCUACUAUGUGAUAAACACCACCCAAACCGAUCCGGCCAUGUUCUACACUGGCGUGCGUGGAGCCUCGCUGUCAAAGUUCGAGCCCAAGAACACACGCUAUACCGCGGCCCACACGCUCGAUCUGUACAGCGAAGUGGCCUCCAUUUGUCGACCUCCGCUCGCCCUAGCACCCAACGAAAUUGGCAGCGUGAAAAAGGGCCAAACGCCUUCCACAGGCUACAUCAUUAGCGUGUACAAGGUGUACGAAGGCGACGAUGGAGAACGUUUCGAGCGAAACUGGCUCUACUGGACCGGUGCCAGAAUGAUUUACAGGUACCUCCCAAAAACGGCUGGCCUAAGGCGGAUAACUCUCCACAAGAGUGUCUCUUCGCGAGGCGACAAGAUGUAUCUGUUGCUGUGUGAGUGCGCGGAUCUCCUGAAGGACCUGUCCGCGGCUGCCCUACUCAUACCGGCCCUUCGAGCACGGUUAUGUGGCUACACGGGGUUGUACCGACCGAUCCAAACCUUCUGAAGAUUCCGCGGGCGAUUUUCCGCAUCUCGGGAG